AAAAUGAUGUUAAUGUCAGCUGCUGUUUAUUUAGAUCAGCAGUUCUCAAACUGGGGGCCACAUACAUAUAUAUAAUUAUGUAGGUUAUAUAUCGGCCGAUGCCAAUGCCAAUAUAUCAUUUAUUGAGAGACUUGACACACCAAUAUCACUUAAAAACUCAUAUCCUUUACAAAAACUAGCUUAAAUCAAAUGUUAAAUAGUGACCAGUGUCGGCCAGUUGUACUUAGUAGUUUGUCCAGCGUUGCUUGGUUCUUUUAUAGCAAACAGUAAAUGUGUCAGCAAGUAUCAUGUAUCUCAUAUGUAUUUUUCUGAUUUAGCCAGGUGAGUAUAUCAACUUAAAUGCGAGUAUAAACACUGGCCUUAUGUAAAACAAAUUAGCGACUUUUAUUUUGACAUGUAUUGGUUUGCUGCUCUGGUCAAGUGUUGCUAGCUGGAAUCACUACGCUAAGGAAACGCUCGUUCGUGCACAGCUGAAAAAUAAACAAACUAGCUAACUAGCAGAGCUAGUUAACAUUACAUUGGGAUUUUCUCAUAGUUGCAUGACUUCUCAUGUACUCUAUUUAUAUUAGCUAGCUAAAAUUUAGGACCUGAGUUUGGUGAGGAGUGUAAAUAGCUGUAUUUUGCCAGUUAGCUAAUGUAGCUAUAGGCAUGUCAGUGUAGCUUUAUGACGCCCAGCUCGGUUGGUGCUAGCCGGCCAGUGUUGAUGUUUGACUAGCUAGCUUAGCUUAGCUAGCUAAUCGGUUAGCUAACCUAACUAGUUGUGUUGUAGGUAACGUUACUUUUAGGAUGCCCAGGAGGAAACGAACCACAGCUCAAAAUGAAGGGCAGAGAAAGUGUCGCCGUGCUGACAAUAAGGAGGAAGACACGUUGGUCAUCUCGGACUCCGACAACGAGGAGGAAGAAGAAGCUGGCAGCAAAGUGACAUCAAGGGAAGCCCGAUGGCAAGAUAGGGAUACCAGAGCCCAAAUGCAAGACAUGACUGAGGAAGAGAUGUUGGACCUGGCUAUGCGACUAAGUAAACAAGAGGCGAAUAGUGCUGCCCAAAGACAGCAGCUGGAAGAUGACGACAUGCAGAAAGCCAUCGCAGAAAGUCUUCAUGUCAGCCAGAGGCAAGCCUGGGAAGAAAACUCUGAGACUGCCAGCUCUGUGGCAAAGCAAAGUCAGGACCCAUCCACUGUGAAGGCACGCAUGAGACGCAAGCUCUACUUCCCCAGCAAGAGGGAGGCGGAAAGGGCAAUGGAUGAGGAUGAUACUGCUGCGGCUGAGAGUGGGGAGGACAGUAUGCAGGACAGUAAGUCACUGCUGCCAAUGCCUGAUCUGUCUCAGAAGACCUUGUCACAAUCCCCACCACCAAGUCCAUCUCUGCUGUCUGUGCCUUCGACAUCUACACAAAAGCACCAGUCACCACAGUUGAAGAGCUCCAAUGAACAGGUUCUUAGGGUUCCAAAUGAACAGGACUCUCCAGAAGACGUGCUAUCACAAGGCUCUGAGACCCAGUGUUCUGCUGCUUUUCUAAAGCAGUGCUUUGUAAGAGUGGAAAAGAACUUGACGAGUUCUGGUAGAACUUCGGACAAUUCACCAACGACACAGAAUAUCUCUCUAAGCUUAACCUGUCCUGAUAGAUCUCAACUCACCCAAAAGCAGAGCCCGUCGCCUGUGAAAAGCCCUGUGUUUGCUAAGAUGGACCCUAAAGAAAGUGCUGCAUUGUCUGCAGACAAGGGUGCAUUGUGUAUCUCCAAAAAAAUGUUCACAGACAAAGUAUGCACACCGAAAAAAGAAGAAGAAGAGGAAGACGAAACGUGUAAAGACUCUUCAAGCCAUAAAAAACAAGUUAAUGACAGCAGGGAACACCAAAAACGCCUUUCUCUCUGUAGAAAAGCUCAGCCAUCAUCCUGUAGUUUAGUGCCUGACGAGGAAGAAGAUGAUAUUGGUGCAAAACAGGAAACUGUCCAUCCAGAACAGCUGAAGGAUGGCUCCAGUCGCAGAACCAGCUUCAGUGCUGAGCUUGAGAAAGUGCCAAACUCUGAGGAUAUGCCUUUGCAUGCAGACAGCAAAUCCUUGGAGGAGUUUACCAGUCACAUGGUCCUACAUUUGUCAGAUGAUGAUGACGAGGAAGACGAAGAGGAAGAGAAGAUUGCUGUUCCAAGUCCUGUCUUCCACCAGGAGUGUGUUCCACAUGCAGGCAGCUCUAAGCUUUCUCCAACCCAACACUGCAUCUCCCCACCUACUGCCUCAACUUCCCCACUCUGUUCCCGUGCACAAGACUCUGAUCUGCAGAAUAUUUGCAUCCGAAAGAAAUGUACUUCAAAAACUGCCUAUCCAGCUGAGUCUAUUCAGCAAGAGCGUGGAGACCAGAAGAAAUCUGCCUGUGAUUCUAGAUCAACACAUGUGAUGGACGAGAAAAGUGGCGGUUUUGUGUCUUAUUACUGGGGUGUUCCUUUUUGCCCAAGAGGGCAAAACCCAGAUGAUUACACCAGAGUCAUUCUCAGUCAGUUGGAGGUGUAUGAGAAGAGCCUGAAAGAAGCCCAGCACCAGCUCUUGCACAAAGCUGAGUGGGGACUACCACUGUUCCCUUGCCGAGCAGAGAGGCCGUUUAUCAGGAGAAUGAAGCGCCACCGAGCACCCCAGCUUCUGGAAGAGGAGGAAGAGGAGCCAGAAAAAGAGGAGAAUGAGCAAAAUAAAGCAGAUGAAGAAGAUGAGGAUGGAGAGGAGAGAGCAGAUUUCUGUGCAGCUUCAGGAGAAGCAGCAGAGAAUAAACAGAAUGAAACCUAUGUUGUGGUGUCCUCUCCUGAGACACAGAUCGAGAUUGUGGAAAAUUCUCCAUUGCCCUUUAGGCAACACGAGGAUUCGGAUGCUGCCAAACUUCCCAGUUGUAGGAAGUCUAGUUCACAUGACCCUUCUGAAGACACUCAGAUCGAACAGCCUGAUGAGCACAAUAAGACUCAAGAUGAAAAUUAUGAUGUGGAGAGCACCAUGUGUCCAGAAACCCAGAUGUCUGAAGACAAUACACCAGAACUGAUGGUGACUAGCCCUGUUCAGCCACAGUUACAAGAGGAGACUGAGGUGAUGGAGGUAGAUGAAGAAGCUGCUGAAGAUGAGAGAAUGGAACAGGAGCAGGCAGAGGAGGAGCAGCAGCAGCAGAGGGAGCCAGUUCCUCCUCAGAAUCAGAGGGUGGAAUGCCCCAUGUGCACUCGCUUCUUUCCAAUCAGCAAGAUUGAGGUGCAUGCUGCUUACUGUGAUGGCACCACAGAGGAAGCAGAACAAGAGGAAGAGCCCUCACAAGUGCCCACUCUGCGCAGCAGGAACAGACAACCUGAGAUGGGAGUCACCUCACCUAAAUCUACAGAGAACAAAUCUGAGCAGCGACACAAAUGUUACUUGUGUCAGAGGUUUUUCACAUCUGAGGAAAUGUACAGCCGUCAUGUGGACAAGUGCCUUAAGCAGAAACAAUCCAAAAGCAAUCAGGGAAAUGGCUUGCUCUCUGCAUUACAUAAGGCAGAAUGUGUAGAUGAUGACGAUAGUGAAGCUGGACCCUCUGACACUAUGAUCAAAAAUCAUGGAGUCCCUGCAGAGUCAUCAGAGGUUGCUGAAUCUGGUGGAGACGAAGAUGGUUCCACAUCUGCUUUUUACGUCAGCUCAUCCCCUAUCAAAUCCUUCACUCCCAUAUCCGAAGCUACAGAUUGCCUCAUAGACUUUCAAAACCAAUACUCAGACAGAACGAGCAGAAGACUGGGGAGGAAGAGGAAACUUAAGCUGUUUAAGAUGGCAUAAAAAAGAUGCUUUAUAACUGUGGUGUUUUGUGUUUUUCCUUUAAAACAGCAAGAGUUUUUUGUAUUCUGUUUUAUAAUGACUGUAAAAAUGCUAAUAAAUUCUUUCUGUAAUGUA